AUGUGGAUCAAGCUUCUUAAAGAUUAUAAUGUAGUUAUUGAUUUCCAUCAUGGAAAAGCCAAUGUGGUAGCAGAUGCGUUAAGCAUGAAGACAUUCACAACUUUGAGAGCUUUAGAUGCAAGGUUGUCAAUAGACAGAGAUUGUGUAUUAUGUGCAGAAUUGAUGCUGAGGCUAACGUUGUUGGAUCGAAUCAAAGAAUUGCAGGGUAAAGAUGAAAGAUGUUUGAGAAUAAUAGAGCAAGUAAAGAAUGAAGAAAAUAAAGAUUUUGAAGUUAAGUCUUGGGAAUUGUAUAUCGAGGGAGGAGUGAUUCCGAAUGGACGGGAAUUGAAGAAUGAUCUAUUGACAGAAGAUCACUGUAGUCCGUUGACAAUGUACCCUGGUGGAAAUAAAAUAUAA